UGCUUGAGGGGGUGGCGCAUGUUGUACAAAACGUAUAGUUGUAGUCAGGGCAGUUUUAAAAUGGCAGCGUUUUCCCUGCAGCUAGAACGAAAAAUAGAAACGGCUCUGGUAACAAGUGGAAAAUUUGACGGGUCUCACGCAUGUCUCGUGGCAGCCACUUCCGGAGGCAACGUUUUGGUCCACAGUCCGCAUCGCCGGGCACCCCCAGAUCCCGUUGACGGUUCCGCAUCUGGACGGCUUGCCUGGACUGGCGAACUCGCAGAAUUAAGAAUCGGCAAACAGGUGACUGCUUUGUAUACCGGACGGUUAGGCGAAGACGAAAGGGAUGUUCUUAUGGUCGGUACCCCGACUCACCUGCUGGCAUACAAUGUCGAGGAUAAUGCAGAUGUAUUUUAUAAAGAGAUGUCCGACGGGGUAUACUCUAUCGCUGUUGGAAAACUCGGGUGGUUAACGGAACAGAGAGUAGUCGUUAUAGGGGGUAACUGUUCCGUAACAGUUUUGAAUUCGUCGGGCGUUGAAGUCUUUUGGACGGUAACUGGCGACGUUGUCGUGUCCCUCGCGAUCUUUGACUUCGACGGUGAUGGUUCGAAUGAGCUGGUCUUGGGGACUGCGGAUUUCGAAGUUUGUGCUUUAAAGGGUGACUCGAUUGCUUGGGAAGUGAAGGAAACAGCACCGGUAACUGAUCUGAUUCAUCUCGCUGGUCGCCAAUUCGGAUAUACCGUAGGAAAUGGCACCGUUGGUGUAUACGAGAUAGGACAGCGUCUUUGGCGCGUCAAGUCGAAAUACAGGGUUGUGGCAAUUCGAGGCUACGACAUCAACGGGGAUGGCAACGAGGAAUUGAUUACGGGAUGGAGCAGUGGAAAAGUUGACGCGAGAAUUCCUGCUACUGGAGAAGUAGUCUUCCGGGUUCAGAUGAACGCUUCUGUAGCUGGAAUAGUACGUGCAGAUUAUCGGUGCACCGGAAGACCCGAUUUAGUAGCGAUUUCGACGACUGGAGAAGUCCGGGGGUACGGUACGGGUGCCAUGCCGGAAUCAUCAGAGCCAGGGGACAAGGUACGCGAGUUGUUGGCGAAAAAACAGGCGUUGGUAUCAGAGUUGAGGCACAGAGCUGCGAAUCCCAUUCAUUUUGGUUCGCGGCUUGCAGUUAGUAUUUCCUGUAACAACGGAGCUGCAAACUUGGCUCUAGCUGCAGCUCCAGGGCUAUUCGUUCACUGCGCCAUCGUAUUUGCGGAAGGUGUUUUUGAAGGUGAAACUUUCGUUACUCGUCCUAGUCGCCCCAGCGGUCAAAUCGAUAUUGAACUCAGACCACCAAAAGACGUACCGGUCGAUGUUCAUGUUAAAGUUUGCGUCGGUCCCAUGGGUGCCGAUCUUCUUCAGGUUUACGAAUUGACCCGUCAGCUGCCUCGCUUUUGCAUGUACGAACGAAUUCAGCAUUUUGAAGAGUACCCAGGCGUUGAUAUUUCGUCGCAGAAUUGUGGAGUGACAGUUGAGGUGGCGGAACGGCCGCAACGUUUGGCGAUUUGGUUGAGUCAGAACUUAAUACUGCCGGAAGAUACAGAGAUAGAAGUCCCGGAAAAUGGACCAGGAACGGGUUCUCUUAGCGUUUGUCUCCGGGGGUUGAGAGACGGAAAAAUUCACUUGUUCGAAGUCUCUGCGACCGGUAAACUUAGUCUUCGUACGGAAGAUUCGAAUUUCGCAGGAGAAGUGAUCCAUUCGCUAGCCGCAUAUUUAGGGCUUUGUGAACUUACUACGGAAGCAAAUUUUCCCGCGGAAGAAGAGCGGAUGACCGAAGCAUUGGAGCGAUUGGAAGGUCUCCGCGAGACAGAGAGCCGGUUGAGGGCAGGCGAAGCACGGGGUGCCGCGCUUCUACGAAAUCUCCUGGUGCGGACAGAAGAUGCGAGGAUUCUGGGCGACGCGGCGAGCGCUAAAACAAGACUGUCGCAGUUGAGGUCGGUGAACAGUGACUUGAUAAGGGAGCACGAAAUCGGGGCCAACAGCUACGCCGACUUAGUUCGCACCCUUCGAGAACUAAACGCCGCAAUUCAGCGGGUGGCACGUCUUCGUGUUGGAAAGGCGGCAGCAAAUGCCGUGGCAAAAUGCAGAAUGGCCAUUCACGACGGUGACCCAAGGGCGUUGGUCCUCGCUGCAAGACUGGGUUGAAUCAUGACGAUGAUGAUGAUUUUUUCGUCCAUUAUGAGCAUUUUUCUUCUCAUCAUUACCCAUCUGAUACCAUGUUAUAUAGUACUCACGUAUACAUUUAUAUUUUCCGGUGUACAUAGAUAAUAUAAAUCUGCGUACCGCAUUC